AUGGUUGACGGGACGCGCAGUGGACGAGUUACGAAAGGGCGGCCACAGGCGCCAAAGACCGGGAAUGCGAAGGGGGCGAAACCGCAGGGAGUGACAAAGAACAAGGUGAGGCCGGCGCCGAAGAGAGAUGCGAGCACACCGCCUAAACCUAGAGCUGGGAGGAGCAGAGCAAAGAAGGGUGUUACUGCCGCGCCUGACGAGUAUCUGGAAAAGCAAAGAGACGCGCCAGCACCUGCGGCGAUAUUGGAAGAACCACAAGCACCACCGCCACCUCCAACUUCAAAAGUCACGCGCAUCUACAACGAAAUCUGGGCCUCGACUCUCGACAGCAUCGCCUUCGUCUCGGAGGACAGCCUAUCCACCGAUCCAGAUACCAAUACCAUAACCCUCAACCUGAUUGACCACAUUAUCAAGCCCGAGAACUGGAACCCGGACCUCUCCUACAACGUCCUCUCCGCAACCUGCUUCUUCUUCGCCUCGAAAGUCACCGGCCAGAAACGAAACACUCCGGACAGGAUCGCCAGCGCCAUGAAAGUCGAUCUGCACCUCAUCGAAGCAAUGGCAGGCCCGCAGGUACAUUACGACCCUGUGGUGAGGGCGCGGUUGGCGGAGGCGUUGAGGGUGGGACCCGAUGAUGUGACGAAGGGGUAUAAAAUUCUUUUCGCGCAGAAAGAAGCAUUGAAGGAGUUUGUGGGGGCGUAUGCUGGGAAUUUGGACAAGUUGCCGGAGCCGAGUGAGUUGGGGAAGAUGGAGGUGCAGAACGUCAUGGCGAAUGUGGGUUGGAAGGAGGGUGAGGGUCUGGGGAGUUGGAAGAAGGGGAUCGCUAGUCCGAUUCGAGCUGCUAGUAGAGUCUUUCCGGAAGCUGGGUUGGGUUGGAGGCCUGAGGGGUCGGUGGAGGAGGAAGAAGAAGAGCAGGCAGAAGCAAAAGAAUCGGAAGAGGUAGUCCCGUCCGUGGAGGAGGCAGCCAUUGAGGCAGAGAAGGCUAGUGAAGUCGAGUUGGACGACUCGGAGCUGGAUGAUUUCGAUAGGUUUGUAGAGGAGAACGAGUAG